CGCAAUAGAAAGAGGGAGGGAGGAAGAGAGAGAGAGAGAGAGAGAGAGAGAGAGAGAGAGAGAGAGAGAGAGAGAGAGAGAGAGAGAGAGAGAGAGAGACAGAGAGAGAGAGAGAGAGAGAGAGAGAGAGAGAGAGAGAGAGAGAGAGAGAGAGAGAGAGAGAGAGAGAGAGAGAGAGAGAGAGAGAGAGAGAGAGAGAGAGAGAGAGAGAGAAAGGAGGCUGGCACAGAGGGAGGGAGGAAACCUCUGUCACUCACUAUAACCACUGCCAUCAUACUGGUCUGGGAGAGCUGUAAGUCGUUAAAUCGUGUGCUGCAGGAAGUUGAGCCAGGGAGACAGACAGAGCACAAGAGGCACUGAGAAUCGGGGCUGUGCUAUCCUGUCAGCAAAUUCUCCAGCUGCUGGCUGCAUCAGAUCAAGAUCCCUCCAUCCCAGUUCUAACCAUGCCUCUGGAUUCUCUUGUUCCACAUCUGAUUUGAUUAUGGCCUCACUCCAAAGAAAGAAGUCAUCAUGACAUGCCCCACCUCCCAUCUUCUGCUGAUAUGAAGUUAUGGCCAACUUUUGAUAGGCAUCCGAUAACUGUCAUUGCUCCAUUAUCUAACUGUCAUGGCCUUCAUAAGACAAAAAGAAUAAGGAGCAUGAAAAGCAAAAAGUCAGACACUACAGUGCUAUUCCCACUUGGGCCUCAAGUUUUCUCAGGACUAUCACACAAUUGAAGCUUCAAUCAUAGCUUGAUUUUAAGAUGCAGUCUUCAGAGUCUUUAUCAUUUUAAGGACUGAGAACUAGAAAGGAUCUUGUACAUCAUUUAGUUCAAACACAUUUUACCAGUGAAGACAUUAUGACCUAGAAAUGGGUAAUGACUUGUUCAAGGUCACAUGUGGAAUAGAGCUGGUAUUUUUCCCAAAAUUUUCUGCUUCUGAACUUUGUGUUCUCUAUAUUCCACUAUACUUUCUUUCAUUUAUUCAUCCAGAAAGUCCACAAUCACACUGCCUGGUUAGGAUCCAUACCUCUAUCUCUUAAUUUAGUUAAGAAAGGAGAACUAAUUAAUGAUGAAAGCCUCCAUGAUAAUGGAUAUUUGAAUAGAAAAAGAGUCAGGAGAGCAUACCUACCAAGGAGCCCACUCGUGGAGAUCUGGUCUCAGAAACUUUGUAGUAUCGUGGUUUUGAGAGCAGAGACCCAAAAUGGCUACUUCCAGCCAUGACUCAAUUUGGCGUCAAGCUUUGAUUGGUCUAGUCCUCAUACUCCUAAUCCUCAUCACAGUCUUGGGUAAUGUGGUAGUAUGCCUGGCCGUAGGAUUGAACCGCAGGCUCCGGAGCCUCACCAACUGCUUCAUCGUGUCCUUGGCCAUCACCGACCUGCUCUUGGGUCUCCUUGUACUGCCAUUCUCUGCUGCCUGUGAGCUGGGCCAGGCAUGCAACUUUGCAAAGCCCCUUUGUAAGAUUUAUACCAGCCUAGACGUGAUGCUCUGCACCGCAUCCAUUCUCAACCUCUUCAUGAUCAGCCUGGACCGAUACUACGCCAUCACAGCCCCGUUGCGCUACAGCAUGGUGGUGACACCCAAACGUGUGGUCAUUGCACUCACCUUAAUCUGGGUGAUCUCCAUCACCUUCUCCUUCCUACCCAUCCACUUAGAAUGGAACAUUCAAAACCUCACUAACUCAAACUUGACUCCCUAUAAAUGCAAACUACAAGUCAAUAAGGCCUAUGGCUUGGUGGAUGGGCUGAUUACAUUCUACGUUCCACUGCUGGUGAUGUGUGCCACCUACUAUCGCAUUUUCAAAAUUGCCCGCGAACAGGCCAAGAGAAUUAACCAUAGCUACUACAACAAGGCCGUCACCAUCCGUGAGCACAAAGCCACUGUUACCCUGGCAGUUGUGAUGGGGGCCUUCAUCAUCUGCUGGUUCCCUUACUUCACAGUGUUUGUUUACCGAGGAAUAUGGGGUGACAUCGAUGAGACCCUUGAAGCGAUCGUCCUAUGGCUUGGAUAUGUCAACUCAGCUUUGAAUCCCAUCUUGUAUGCUGCUCUGAACAGAGACUUCCGCACAGCAUACCAGUGCCUCUUUUGCUGUAGGCGUGGUGCUAUCACUUCUAGAGGGUCCUCCCUCUCUCCUACCACCUCACGCCGAUCCAGGAGCCAAUCCCACCAAGUUACACUAGGACUUCAGGAAGAGACAUCUCUAAGACAAGCCGUUCAGAAUGGAAGCGAAGCCCCAUUCCCCCAGGAAUCAGACAAUUAUGGAACUUCAACAUUGGCUGGCCAGAGGAAACCUUUUCUGACCUCCAACUCUAGAAACAUCCUCACCUGCUGGAAAAACAUAUGGGGCUUGAAGUUCCUCUCCCAGAGGCAAGUGGAGGAACCUGCGGGAGGACUAUCUGAGCUACUGAGAACACCACCACCCCAGAUUGCUCAGGACAUUAAUUCGCAGACCACAGGGGACAUCAACCAUCUUAGAAGCCCUCCCAUACCAAUGAAGGCAGUAUUUCCAAGACCAGCCAGGUCACCAAGGACACCAUCCCCAAAUCCACAAGGCCAUCUCUCCACUCUCAAUUCAUUGAGUCCAUAAUUUCCCUCUAAAUUAUUCACUUUUAUCUCCUUUUGUCUGAUCAGGGGACAUUCAAGCCAAGUUCAUACCCCAGACUGGGCAGACAAUGAUUCAGGAAUUUUCAAACUCUGAGGCCUGAGAUUUCAGAUUCCUGGAUAAAACUGUUUCUGAGACUCUUCUUAUGAUGAAGUAAAUCUCCAAACAUGUACACCUAUGACUCCUGACUGGGACAGAGAAAGAACUCACUAAAAAGCCCAUCAGUCUUUUGGGAGAUUGUGAUCCCCAGAGAAAGAAGAAAAAAACCCAGAAAUGUUCCUUUAAUCUUUACCCAUCCAGGAUUAGAACUACAGAGGCCUCUGUGAACCCCUGAAAUCCUUUCCUUUUCCCAUCCCUACCACCUCCACUUAUCCUCCACCCUGAAAUCUACUGCCCACCUCACCCCAUGGCUAACCACUGCCAAGAAGGAGAAAUUCACAUUGUCUCUUCUUUCAAUCAUUCUGAGAAAACCCCAACUCAUAACAGUUCAACCAAGAAGAAGGAAGGGGCCUCCAAGGGUCCUGAAACACACACACAAGCACAGAGGAUUGUGAAUCCAGAGAUGUCCAAUAGACUGACUAUAGCUUUUGACAGAUAGUGGAUAGUAAGGAGGCUGACAGGAGGGUAAAAGAAAUGAAAGGGGGAUGAGAUAAAGGACAUGAAGUGAGAGAUGUUAGAAAGGGGGAGGGAAUAAGCAUUUAUAUGGUAUAUAUGUACUAUAUGCAAGAAAUUCUGCCAUGCAUUUUCCCUUUGUAUAAAUGAAGUGGCAGGGUUAGAAGUGGGGAAUGAAGAGAACACAAGAAGGAAAGUGUGAGGUGGAGGACUAGUGGGGUAUCAGUUAAAGAAUGAGGGGAAUCUAAAGCAUGAGUCCAGGAGGAUUAGGAGUAAGGGAUAAAGUACAGGAAGAGUUGAGGAGGUGAGGGGGAUAUGAAGUAGGGGAAGAGGAUAUAGUGGGAAAGAGAGAAUAAAAGGAAUACACAAUGAGAGAUGAAGAGAAUGGGUGAGAGGUUGUAGACUGAGGAACAUGGAGACUAAGGAAUAAGUUGAGGGCUUGGAGCUAAGUACUACCAAACCCUCCAUUCUCUCUCAAGGUGAUUAACUUAGAUCCUUCCUGAAUUUUUAACUUCCUGGAGAGGAAAGAAAGAUCUCUCUUUCCCCAAGAAAGAAAUUUUAUAAGAAAAAACUCUUCUAAAAGAAAAGGAGAGGGCAGAGGAGGCAGUGAUGAGAAGUGCUUUUAUAAGGAAAAGCUCCAUAGAAAGUGUGGAGACACUUCCAAACACUUGAAAGCUGACAACAGAGCAAGCUAUUCAUCAAAUGGACUGUAUGCUCAAAAAUCUUCCUUCACUGACUCUCUCCUGGUCCUUCUGACUUUCCUCGCCUCCCCAACUGGCAGUUAAUGAAAUUUCUGAGAGUAAAAAAAAGCAUCUUUUUAAAAUGGAAAACUUGCCUGAUGAGAACAGGAAAGCCCCUUCCAUCUGGAAAGUGAAGGAUAACCAAGAAAGCAGGGCAGCUUUGAGGAGAGCACUGGCUGACCUAGGUGUCAUGAGACCCAGGCUCCAGACAUUAGACUGCAGCUAACUGGAUCCAUGACCUUGGGCACAUUUCUAUCUUCCCUUUCCCAAGUCCCAGCCCCCACACCUGUAAAAGUGGGAGGGAGAAGUGUUGAACCAGCAUUCUAAGAUCCCUUCCACCACUGACUCCUUUCCCUUCUCAAAGCCUCAGUUUCUUCCUCUUUAAAAAUUAAGGGGGUUGGAUUCCAUCCCUUUCUUAAGCCCUCUCAGCACUAGCAUUCCCUGGAAAAAAUGAGGCAGCCAACAGAAAAGCAGAAGGACAACAAUGCAGAGAUAGCAAAGACAACAAAAAAGCCUUGAGACCACUUUCAAGAAAAUUGACAGUUAUAACCUUCCUCCUCAGACCUCCUAGAGCAUUUUGUUUGCACUUCUCAAAUGCAUGUAAUCUUAUGUAUUAUAUCUAUCUUAUUGGUAUUAUCCCCUGACUACAAGUUCCUUGAGAAAUGAGACUACAUCUUUGAUAAACUUUAAAUCUUCUCCAGCACCAAACAAAAGACACUGUACACAGUAGGUGCUGAAUAAAUGUUUGUUGAAUAUUAUUGAAAUCUAUCAAGGGCCACUAGGCGGCACAGUAAACAGAGCUCUAGGCCUGAAGUCAAGAAGACCUGAGUUCUAAUCUGGCCUCAGACACUUAACUAGCUGUGUGACCUUUGGCAAGUCACUUAACCCUGUUUGCCUCAGUUUCCUCAUAUAUAAAAUGAGCUGGAGAAGGAAAUGGCAAAACCACUCCAGUAUCUCUGCCAGGAAAACCCCGAAUGAGAUUAUGAAGAUUUAGACACAACUGAAAAACAACUUAACAUCAGCAUGGAGAGUCAGCAUCAUUCAACAAGAAAGCUAUAUUUGAGUAUAAGGUGAUAGCAAAAAGACUUCAUUUUUUUCUCAUCUAUUACUCAAGGAAACUCCUGGGCACCAAUUAUCUUUUAGAAGAAGCAGGUGAAAGGUUGUAAGCAGAAGUGCUUAUACCAAUGAACUAAAUGGACCAGGUGACAAGUUUGUUUGUUUUUUUUAAUGAUUAAGAAAUGAAUGAAUGAAUGCCCAGAUCUGAAGCCCUGAAAGCCCCAAAGUAGCUGGGGUAGGUAAGAAUAUAGCUUUGAAUGCCAAUACUGUUUGCAAAUCAGACAGACACUAUUAGAAAAUUGAGGAGAAGCAAAGCUAAAAGCAAAAGUGAAGGAUUGACCAAGAGAGAAAGGAAAUCAAUGAUUAAAUUAAGAUGUGAACUAAAAGUGAGAGAGAAGGUGCCAACCUGAAUGUAAGUGUUUGUGCUUCUUUGAAAUAAUGUUCUUUAUUGUACAUGUUUAUCUACCUUGUACCAUAAGUAAUUAACUAAUUUAUGCUGUUAUUUUAAUAAAGAGUUUAUUUUUGUAGAAAAAAA